AUGGGAAUUUCAUCUCUUCUCGCAGGACUAAACUCCCGCAUUACCUCCCUCACCCUGCCUGGUGGACAAACUAUUAGCGAUCUCCCCUCCAUGACAACUGCCUGUUCUAGUUUCUUCGAAUCUCUUUACACCCCUUUCUCCCUCCUUGAAGUUGGCAAAGCCCUUGGUCAUCUCUCGCGAGGGAAGACCCCAGGCCCAGAUGGACUCCCUGGAGAAUUAUUCAGGUUUUACAAGAUUCGCCUCGCUGCGGCCUUCCUGGCCCUCCUGGCCUCCCCGCCCUCCUCCCUGCCCCCCUCUAUGCUCUCCGGUCGGACGGUGCUCAUCCCCAAAAAAGGGGAUGCCUCCCUAAUAGAUAAUCUACGCCCCAUCACCCUCAUGAACGCAGACUACAAGGUUUUAGCCCUCUGCUUGGCCGACCGACUCCAACGCCUCCUUCCUCUCGUUAUACAUCCUUCUCAAACGGCUUUCAUCAAACACCGCAAGAUCGGCGAUACAAUUAACGACACGCUCGAUAUUAUGGAUUGGGCUACCUUCACACACACACCCCUCCUCGCCUUGACGGCGGACUUUCGUAAGGCCUACGAUCUGCUAGACCGGCCUUUCUUAUUUCAGGCUCUUUCCCAUCUUAGCGUCCCGGAGGGCUUCAUCCAGUGGAUCCGCCUCAUGCACUCCAACACUUCUACCCGCAUCGCUGUCAAUAACAUGGACGGUGCCCCUCUUCCGGUGCGCACUGGCGUCCGGCGGGGUUGUCCACUCGCCCCCCUCCUGUUCGUCUGCGCCAUCGAGAUUUUGCAUCGCUACAUGUCUUUAUACCUCCCUGGCUUCCCCCUAUCGCCUACAAACAAGCGCCUCAUGGCCUGCUAUGUAGAUGACGUUACAAUCUUCCUCUCGUCCGACAAGGAACUCGAAACGGCCACUGCCCAUCUCCUGAUCUUUGCGGCAGUCUCUGAAAAAUCUAUCCAACACCGACACCUGGACUACCACUCUGUCUCGCAUCGAACGCUCCACCAAGUUCUUAGCUGCCCUCCGCGCGACCGCCACAUGUCGCAAGUCUCUCGCCUCUACUUUCCUUAA